UGCACCCCAGGACGUGCCACGGAGCGGCCUGGAGACAGCAUGAGGGGGGCCGUCUGCCCCCGGGUCCCACUCCUCCUGCUGCUGGGAGCUGGCGGGGCGCUGGGCUCCACAGUCUGUGGGCAGCCUCAGGUGUCGAGCCGGAGUGGGGGCCGGGACGCCCGGGACGGAGAGUGGCCGUGGCAGGCCAGCGUCCAGCACCGCGGGGUGCACGUGUGCGGGGGCUCACUCAUCGCCCCCCAGUGGGUGCUCACCGCCGCCCACUGCUUCCCGAGACGGGCGUCCCCCUCUGAGUACCGCGUGCGCCUCGGGGCGCUGCACCUGGGUGUCGCCUCGCCCCACGCGCUCUCGGCGCCGCUGCGGAGGGUGCUGCUGCCCCCCGACUACUCUGAGGACAGGGCCCGUGGCGACCUGGCACUGCUGCAGCUACGCCGCCCCGUGCCCCUGAGCGCCCGCGUCCAGCCCGUGUGCCUGCCCAAGCCGGGUGCCCACCUGCCGCCCGGGACCCCAUGCUGGGUCACCGGCUGGGGCAGCCUCCGCCCUGGAGUGCCACUCCCAGAGUGGCGACCUCUGCAGGGGGUGAGGGUGCCGCUGCUGGACGCCCGCGCCUGUGACCGCCUCUACCACGUGGGGACCGCCGUGCCCCCGGCGGAGCACAUAGUGCUGCCCGGGAACCUGUGCGCCGGCUACCCCGAGGGCGGCAGGGACGCCUGCCAGGGCGACUCUGGGGGACCCCUGACCUGUGUGAAGUCUGGGCGCUGGGUCCUGGUGGGUGUGGUGAGCUGGGGCAAGGGUUGCGCCCUGCCCAACCGUCCAGGCGUUUACACCAACGUGGCCACCUACAGCCCCUGGAUCCAGGCUCGCCUGUCUCUGACGCGAUGCUGACGGGCGGACGCUGCGCCCUCAGGCUGCACCUGCGCCAGCGCCUGC